AUGGUCCAGAUGGGUCAACCUGUGGCGUAUGCAAGUCGUGCACUGACAGAUAUGGAAACGCGUUACGCACAAAUCGAAAAAGAACUACUAGUAGUCGUUUUCGGCAUGGAAAAAGUCCAUCAGUUUACAUAUGGGAGACCGGUAACUGUACAGAGUGACCACAAGUCAUUAGAGAUGAUCCUGAAGAAAUCUCUACAAAAUGCACCAAAACGCUUACAGCGAUUUCUACUAAGGCUGCAGAAGUACAACUUUGUACUCACGUAUAAGAAAGGUGAAACUAUGUAUCUUGCUGACACUCUGAGCAGGGCAUAUCUUGAUGUCGGGGACAAAACAGCUCAGCUGGAUGAUACAGAGACUGUAAAUAUGGCACAGUUCUUGCCAAUCUCGGAACCACGACUGCACGAGAUACAGAAGCAAACUAGCACAGAUGAGUCGUUACAAACUCUCAGGGAAGUCAUAUUGGAAGGUUGGCCGGAGUCCAAGUCAAAGACACCUGCUCUCGCGCAACCAUACUUCCAUGUUCGCGAUGAACUUGCGGUCCAGGAUGGAAUUAUCUUUCGUGGGGAACGCGCUGUGAUUCCUAGGACACUAAGAGCAGAUAUUAUGCAGAAAAUUCAUUCUUCGCAUGUUGGAGUCGAAGGUUGCCUGCGGAGGGCACGUGAAACAGUUUAUUGGCCAAGGAUGAACUUUGAGGUACGCGACUAUAUAGAACAGUGUGGUGUGUGUCGUUCAUUUGACACAAAACAACAGAAAGAGACUUUAAUCUCACAUGAUGUACCAGAUAGGCCUUGGGCUAAACUCGGGUCAGAUCUGUUCUAUUUUGACCAGAAGAACUACCUAAUUACAGUUGAUUAUUUCUCAAAUUAUUGGGAAAUAGACUACCUACAGGACACCACAUCGAAGACGGUAAUCCGAGCCUUGCGUAGUCAGUUUGCGCGUCAUGGAAUACCUGAUAUUCUGUGUAGUGAUAAUGGUCCUCAGUUUAGCUCUGAUGAAUUCCGGCGUUUCAGCAAAGAAUGGGAAUUCGAUCAUGUUACCUCGUCGCCAGGUUACGCUCAAAGCAAUGGAAAAUCUGAACAAGCAGUCAAAACUGCGAAGAGGUUAAUGAAGUUGGCUAAAACUUCACACAAAGACCCAUUUCUGGCACUCCUUGAUUUCAGAAACACUCCGUCACAGGGUAUGGACAGUAGCCCUGUACAGCGUCUAAUGAAUAGGCGCACAAAAACGCUGAUGCCGACUAAAGCAAGUCUUUUGAAACCAGAAGUUCAGAUGUCGUCAAAUGCAAAGAAACAGUUGAAGGGUGUUAAGGAACGACAAGCUUUCUACUACAAUCAAACUGCGAAAAACCUGAAACCUCUAGGUAAUGGAGAAGUUGUAAGAAUAGCUCCACAUGAGAGUAUGUUAAACAACCAGAAAACCUGGAAACGUGGUGUUGUAAAGGAACAAGUUAACAAGAGGUCAUAUGAUGUCACCACUGAGGAUGGAAGGACGUAUCGGCGAAACCGGCGUCAUCUGAGACUGUCAAAGGAAACUUUCACACCGAAAGUUCAGGAUUUUGGACCGAAUGUGGAAAUGGAGAAGGAACCACAUGUGGCCCAGGAAUCACAUGUCGAGACCAGUUUGGUAUCACCACCUGAAGCACCACCCAACAUGUCUAUCAGGACCAGGUCAGGAAGACAGGUGGCUCUUCCUUCGAAAUUUAAAGAUUUCGAUCUGUCCAAGUGA